AUGACAUUUAAAAUGCCAGAAUUAAGAAUAGUCUCCACAAACUUGUGUCCACAAACAACAUCUUUUCAGAAAGAUGAUUAUCCCCCUAACAGAGGAAGGGUUCCCGCUGCUUUUCAUCUUCUUCCUUAUUAUGCAAGGCGUAACGAAUUGAACAUCUUGCGUGAGUUGCAUGCCAAGUUGUCAGACCCUCAAAAGAAGCUACAUCAGAAAAUGAUGAUGGAUGCAAUUUUGAGAGAACAAUUGGCUGUUAGAGGAUAUAGCCACAACAGUCAAUAUAAUUCAAUAAAUUCAAUAAAUUCUCGAUAUGGAUUUUCUUCUCAAAAUACCCAGAAACCUGCCACUUCAACAGGAAAAUCAACAAAUAAACCGAAACAAAAUUCAACCACUAAAAAAGGUCAAAAAGAGAUAAAGGGCGAAAAAAGUGCUUUUAGUUCUUUUGCCGCUGUUAUAGAUAAAAUAAAUGCCGAAAGUGCGAAUGGAACAACAACGUAAAAAUUUUUUUAAAAAAUAUUUGGGGUCUAGAUUGGGGUUGUAGGAUGAUGAAGUUAAGAUCAGAAUGUUUCUUUUGAAAUGUUUGGUGUUCUUAAAACUACCCUUAAUCC